AUGACCUGGGCCAAUGGGAGCAUUCUGUCAUCCCUGGAGGUAGAGGGCCAGCUUCUCGCAGUUGCGGUCAAGAACUCCUCUGUGAACGUGGAGCCGUGGCCCGCGGAUCUCCCGAAGGAUGCCACGGUGCUCCCAGAACUCCUUCAGAGUACGUCCGCCCCUGCACUCCGCGCUUGGUCGCAGCCGUGGAACCAGGAGUCGCCACUUACCAGGCACCAAGCGGGGACGUGCCAGCCCUGUUUCUUCUUCCGCGCCAGGGUGGAUGGGUGUUGGAAAGGCUCGCAAUGUGACAGGUGUCACAUUUGCACCUUGGAGGAGAUGCAUGCCCGCAGGAACCGCUUGCAGAAGGCAAGCAAGCAAGCGGCCAAGGCAGCGGCGAAGGUGGCAGCAAAGGCGGCCGCCAAGGCAGCAGAGUCAGCUGGUAAUGCGUCUGCUUCGGAUCGGCCAUGA